AUGUCCGCAGCUACCGAACCCACCACCACUACUACUACUGCUCCUGCCGACGAGACUGUUCAACAACAACAGACCACUGAGCAGUCGACUGAAACAGCUCCUGCUACCACCACCACCACUGAAAACUCGGAUGAUAAGCAACAACCUGCUACCACUGAAGAGCAAUCCAAAUCGGAUGACAAGAAGGAUGAAGAACAAAAGGAUGAAUCCAAGCAAGAAGAGGAAGCCAAGCCUGAGGAGGAAAAUGCUGCCGCUGCUACUACUGCUGAAGAAUCCAAGAAGGAAGAUGACAAGCAACAAGCUGCCGAAACAAAGAAAGAUGAAAAGAAGCGUUUUACUCUUUUCAACAAGAAGGGCUUGAGCAGCUUGUUCGGUGGUCGCAAGUCUCCUGUUGCUGAAACCAAGGAGCAAGAACAACCCAAGGCUGCUGAAGAGGCUACUGCUGCUGCUGAAGAGCUUAAGGAAGAAGAGCCCAAGAAGGAUGAGCAACCUGCUGAAGCUGCUGCCAAGGAACAAGAUGAACAAGAACAACCCAAGGAGCAAGAAGAAAAGAAGGAAGAGACCACUGAGGCUCCUGCUGCUGAAGAGGAGGAAAAGCCUAUGCCCAAGGAAGAGAAGCGCAAGUCUUUCAUUAGCAAGCUUUUCAGCAACAAGAAGGCUACCACUACUCCCAAGCCUACUGUUGAAGAGACCAAGGAAGAACAAGAACAACCAAAGGCUGCUGAAGAAGAGCCCAAGAAGGAAGAAAACGAGGAGCAAAAGGAAGCAUCUACCAGUGACAAGCCUGCUGCUGAAGAGCAAGCUGAAUCCUCCAAACCUGAAGUUACCGAGGAGCAACAACAACAAGAAGAAGCUGUGAAGCCUGUUGAAGAAAAGAAGGAAGAAAAGAAAUCUCCCAAGCUUGGUCGUCGUUUGACUUCCUUGUUCAGCCGUAAGAAUAACAAGAACAAGCCUGCUAAGGAACAAGCAGCAGCAGCAGCUGAGACUGUUGAAGUGGUAAUGGAAGAGGAGAACAAUGGUGAGCAACAACAACAAGAAGAAGCAAAGAAGGAAGAUGUUGUCGUUGAGGAGGAACAACCCAAGAAGGAAGAAGAGACUGUGCAAGAUGAAAAGGCUGCCAUUGCCAAGGAACAGGAACAGCCCACUGCUACAACUGCAUAA